UUACUUCUCUCAGAUCAGUGAGGCCGAGCUGACGAAAGUCCUGCGCUCAGACAGCGAUACUCCCAUGCCGAUGCUGAAAGAGCGUCACCAGGCCCUGACAGAGGCCGGCCGAGUGCUCAUGGAGCAUGGCGGAUCCUUCCGGAUAUUCAUGAGUCGCAGUGAGAAUGAUGCAGAGAAGAUGGUGAAGUACAUUGUGGAGAAUAUACCGUCAUACAGAGACGAAGCCAUGUACGAGGGUAAGAGGAUCUCAUUUUAUAAGAGAGCUCAGAUCCUUGUGGCAGACUUCUGGGGCAUCAUGGAGGCACGAGGGGAGGGACACAUCCCUAACCUGGACUACCUGACCAUGUUCGCUGACUACAGGGUGCCACAAGGCCUCGUGUACCUUGGCGCUUUACGCUACUCUGAUGGCCUCAUGGAGACAUUGAAAAACGGUGAAGUGUUGAGCUCAGGUGAGAGGAGAGAGGUGGAGAUCAGGGGUUGCUCCAUCUGGUGUGUGGAGAGAAUCCGGCAGCAUCUCUGGAAGCUUGUGGAGGAGAGAGACGGGAAGAGCUGCCACAUCAACUCGGCUCUAAUUGACUUUUACCUGUGGCCAUAUGCUAAAAAACACCACAAAGAAAUGGCACAUAUUCCAAUACAUCACACACGCUGCAUCUACUAUUGACAGCAUCAGUUCUUUUGUGUGUCAUGCUGUUUAUACCUUUAAAUAAAGUUAUGAAAAUGAGGUGAUGUACAUCUGUAAUGUUUAAAUGUAUAAUUAUGCAUGUAUAAAUUAUUUAGUUAGCAUGAGAAAACAGAGGUGAAACAGCCACAUACUACAAAAGUUUUAUAAACAUAAAGUUAGCUUUGAGUAACAUACAUUUUAAAUACAACUUUGUUAGUUACGUUCCCCAUUUUUUCUCUGCCAACGAAAAUAUUUCACAGGAGAAUCACGUGUUGUGCAUCUCAGUCAUGAUGCCUCCUUCUUGAAUGAAUCUGUGGUUUGAAAGAAUCAAUUGCACCGAACACAGACAAGAUGAGUAUAACAAAUUCUUUAUUUCUUUUCAGUAAGAAAUCAUAAAGACAUAUUCAUUUUCAUGCACACAGUGGGCUCCAGUGUUUAACCACAUUUGAUUGUGAUGUCUAGAACUUUAUACAUUAACUAGUUGGUUAAAAGCAAUUGCAAUUAUAAAAGUGGAGUCUGUUCACAUGUUUGCAUAUGCCUCUUGGUUUGAUAACGUGCAAUGACAUACAUUUUCAGUUAUUUGUGUAAAUGCAAUGCAAAACAUUGGCAUUUUGUCCCCCCCCCAAUCACCAUGUCCCUUUAGGGGCUCCGCAGAGAACUAGUAAUCCAGAUCUGGAGAUCUGAAAAAGUGUGUAUCUGGAUCAGUGUGAUUCAAUCCAAUUUUGCUUUGGAAAACCGGCACAAAAGUAAGAUGGGUUACCUGAUCCUGGAUAGCAAAAACAUGGGAUUUCCAAAUCUGAUCCAGAUUAAACGUUUUGAACAACUGGCCCCAGAAUUUAAGACCGUUUUGAUGGUUGAUACCAACUUGCAGACCUACUAAAACAAGAAAUGUGUGUAAUUGGACAUUUGUCUCAUACCAGUUAGUGAGAUAUUACCCUUAUGCAUUGAUUUGAUUUGAAUUGAUUUCUGAUAACUUUGCAAAUUUAUUAAAAAGCAAAAAAACAAAACAAAUAUCACAUUAAAACAGAUAUUGAAAUGUAGGUCAGGUGCAUUUGAUUUCUCUAGAUCACCUUUGAGAAGUUUCUACACUUUAACUGGAGUGAAUCUGUGUCAAAUUCAGUUGAUUACGUCUGUGAAAGGCUAUAAAACCUGCUGAAUUGAAGUGUAUACCUGUGUUUGUCCAAAUAAUUCAAAAUCUAACUAUAUUUAGAGUUAUGUAAUCAUAUUACAGAUCUCCCUAUUUCUCUCUCUCUAAAAAAAAAAU